UAAGCUAACAUAAAAAAUGUUUGGUAAACAAAUAACCGUGUCCUCGGGUCGACACAAUAAAUGUGCAAAGUACUUGGGGAUUCCCCUAAUUCCGCGUUGCUUUGAAACUUAUUGAUUGAAUGUCUAUUCCUUUAUGUUUCCUUAUCGGCAGUGAUCAGAUGUUCCCGGUGAUAAGCGACCAAAACUACAGCAAUGAUGGGGCCGAUGGACAUUAGCACGCCGUCAGAGUACAGGACUUACAAAUCGCGAUGGUUCAUUCUCGUCGUUGUCAGCAUCCUGAAUUUGUCAAAUGCCAUGGUAUGGAUAACAUUUUCUCCAAUAGCCGACCUGACAGCUGUUUACUACAAGAUAAAUUCUUUCCAAGUAAAUAUACUAUCUUUAGUAUUUCUCAUUGCCUCUAUUCCUUUUGGACUGACAGCUUCAUGGAUUCUGGAUACCUUUGGUCUGAGAGCCAGUCUAUUGACAGCAGCAUGGCUGAAUGGUAUCGGGUCACUGCUUCGUAACUUCAGUACCUUUGACUUUAUCCCGGAUGACUCUAAAUUUGCUGUACUCUUGGUUGGUCAGAUCCUAGCAGCAUGUGCCCAACCAUUUGUUAUGUUUGCCCCAACCAAACUGGCGGCUUUAUGGUUCCCAGAAAACCAGAGAGCAACUGCCAACAUGCUAACCUCCAUGGCAAAUCCACUGGGGAUUCUCGUCACAAACGUCUUAAUCCCGGCUAUUGUGAAUGGCUGUAACAAACAGGAGAUACCAAUAGCGCUGUGGAUAGUGACAGGGCCUGCCUUACUAGUGAUGUUGAUGACUACGUUUGGAGUUUGUAGCUCAGUUCCCCCAACACCACCGUCGGCCAGUGCUGACGAGGCUUCACAGCCAUUCGUCCAGGGAUUCAAAAAGAUGGCAAAAAACAAGAACUACUGGAUACUGAACUUUCUGUUUGGAGCAGGACUCGCCAUUUUUACCGCCUUUACAUCAUUCCUUGAUCAGAUACUCUGUCCGCGAGGAUAUUCCAAUAACUUCUCAGGGAUUUGCGGGGCUCUGAUGAUAGCAGGUGGCCUGUUUGGUGCGAUCAUUUCUGGUAUCUAUGUGGACAAGACAAAGAGGUUUGAGGAGGUUGUCAAGGUGUCGUAUGCAUUGGCCAUUGUAUUCGCCGUAGGUUUUAUGGAGGUUUCACGCUUGAGAGACCAAGAAGCAUUGGUAGCAGCCUCCAUUUGUUUGUUUGGAAUGUUUGGAUUCGCCCUGUAUCCCAUCAGCCUGGAAAUGGCAGUAGAGAUCACGUAUCCUGUUGCCGAGGCAACAAGUUCUGGUCUGCUGGUUGUCUCUGGACAAAUACAGGGAAUUGUUAUGAUAUUGGUAUCCCAGGUUCUAGCCCAGCCUCUCCCAGCCACUGAAAAGUCAUAUUCAAGUUGUGUAGUUGGCUGUGGAGCAGAUGAUGACAAUUUUACUCCUCAGGACUGGACAGAUCCAAUUAUAUUUAUGUUAUGUUACGGGACCACAGCUGCUGUGAUAGGAGUUAUAUUCCUGAGGGGUGACUACAAACGCCUCAAGGCGGAACAGAAAAUCAUGGCAGGAAAGAUAUUACAGAAUUCCAUGACGGUCCCUACGUGAUCUUAAUCCAGGAUAUGCUUGGGUGUAUAUGCUUUAAUCUGAGUGUGUGUGACAGAAGUUAAUUUUCAUUCAGUCCUUACAAUAUAACUAUAGCCCAUUCAACAUAGAUAGAGAUUGUAAAAAAGUAUUUGUCGGUCCAUCAAGUACAACACAUCCCUGUGAAACAUCAUAAACAUCUUAUAAUUUAUUUAGCAUUUCCAUGAUUUUUGUUUAGAGUUAUGCCCCUUUAUUGAAAUUCUUAUACGUUUAGAUGUGAAAUGUUAAGAUAGCCUACAGUGCUUGUUCCAUAAAGAAGAAGGUAUACAUUGUAAUUCAGAUUUUGACAUUUGCAUACAUCCACAAAAAUAAUUCAACUUUAUUUAUUAUUUCUUUGCAAACAAAUGUUAUAAUUUGAAAAUUAUACCAUGCAGGAUCACAAGAGACCUACGGAAGUGGAUGUUAUAAUGAUAUGCCAGGUGGCAUAAGAAAAUUAUGAAAGUAAAAAAAAAAAAAAAAAUAUAUAUAUAUAAA